AUGGCGGAACAGACUCUUCUUCAACCUUUCCUAGCCAAACCCACCACCAAAAGCUCAGCAUCGGAAUCGGUUUCAGGUAUUAUUCUACGGCUUUUCUCUGUAUUUCUCGUCGGAGCAAUCUCCUUAUGGGCAAACCACGAGGCAUCAAAAGGCUUCUCCAUAACAAUCAUCAAUGAAGCUGAACAUUCUCCUUCCGGGAAAAGAUUCUCCCUUUUCUUCAAAUCUGAUGAUACUGCGGUGCGGGUCUUGCUCGAUACUAGCUUCUUUGUUGAGAGAUUUCUCUACGAGGGUGUUCCUCAUCGUCUGCGGAAGCCUGUAAACCACGUGACCGUCCGAUUCAGUGAUGGAGCCGAGAGGUUCUCGGUAACUUCGGGUGCAAGACAUGGAGAGUAUGUGAUCAGAUUAAGCUCAUCUUUAGUGGAAAGAAGUGACCUUAGUAACGCCGUGAAAUUUGCAUUGCGACAUUCUAUGGUUAGGAUAUGGCUAUGGGGAAAUGAGUCAAGAGCUUCGCCGGAGCUUGUGGCCGGGAUGGUGGAGUAUUUGGCCGAACCGGGUCUAAAACGACGUAGUUUUGAUGAAUCUGGUGGGUAUUGGGAGGAUAAGGAGUCUGUGUCUGUGGCUAAAUGGUUAGGUUACUGUGAAGGACAAAGAGAAGGUUUCAUCAGACGGUUGAACCAUGGGAUGAGACUUAGGUGGGAUGAUCGGACGGUGGGUCUAGCUUCGUAUGGUGCGUGUGAUUCACGUAAGGUUGUGUUGCGUGAGGUCAAAGAUUGA